UAUGGUGGAGCCACACAUGAUUCCUUCAUAUGGUCAUCCAGUGAAGUGGAACCAUACAUGCGUGGACUUCACGAAAAUGGUGAAUUGACGUGGCUAUUAGGUGAUUCUGGAUACCCACAGAGAGCGUGGCUGAUGACACCAAUUUUAAAUGCCGAACCAGGUUCUCGAGCAGAGGUGUACACUACACGCCAUUUACAGGCACGCAAUUGUAUUGAACGAUGUUUUGGUGUAUUGAAGGCUCGUUGGAGAUGCUUGCUGAAGCAUCGUACACUCCAUUACCAUCCUCGUGUUGCCAGUGAGGUAACUAUUGCAUGUUGUGUUCUGCACAAUAUUGCACUGGAUGCUAAAUUACCUCCCCCUAAUAAUAUGGCUGAGCAACAAGAGGAUGGUGAUGAACCGAGUGUGGGGGUUGGACCCAUUUCCAGCAACCAAGAUGAGCUGAUGAGUGGCAGAAUAAUGCUAAAUAAUUUAGUUAAUAGAUUAGUUUAGUAGGUUAUUUUUGUAUUUUUGUAUUUUUUAAAGUGUGUUGUGUGUAGUUUUAAUGUGUAUUACUUUUAAGCCUAAUUUAGUAUGCCUGACCAAGUAGUUUUGUAUAAUAUUUUUUCGCUCCUAAAACAUUAUUUUGUUUACCUACACAGAUUUAAAUAAUGAAACUGCAUUAGUUACAGUAUAUAUUAAUCCUUUUAAAGUUUCUGAUAACUGCUCAUAUUUUAGUGCAGGUCAUAGGUGAAAAAAUUGAUCAUUGUUGCAGCCUCAACCUGUUUUUUAUAUUUUUAAGUUUAUAAUUUUUAUUAUUGUAUUUUUUGUUAGUAUUUAAAAAAGUGUGUACUGAAUUAAUGGUGGUAUAAACUACUUAACUAAUUAAGUAAUAAAAUAUACUAUUAUUAUGUA